GAACCACGACGAUCGAGUCCAGAGCCACCAUUCCUUCUCUUGAACGGUGCUAGUGCUUCCUCAAAUCGCGCCUGCCAUGUCGUCGCCUCCACAGGAAGCACCCACAGCCUCGCCCAUCGAUGAUGCCACCAAAAAGACCAUCGACAUCCUCGGUCGCAUCAUCAAGAAGCCGCCUCUCAACGGCAAGUUGCUUUCCAAGCCGCCCUUCCGCUAUCUGCACGAUAUGUUCACCGAGAUCAUAAAGACCACAGGGUUUGCCGUCGGCCUCUACAGCGAUGCCGAAAUGAACUCGGAGAACGUCAAGGAGAAGGAUGCCAAAGUCGCGUACCUGAGCAAGAUGAUCAACUGCGCUGCCCUGGCGACUGGCGUUGAGGUCAAGGCGAAUCCACUCAAGAUCGUCGCCGGCAUGGAUCCCAUCGAUACCAAUGUGUUUCUGCAGCUCAUCGGCAAAGCCGUUCUAAAGAAGGUUGAUUCGACAAAUGCGGUGAAACGAGUACUGGCCGGCGAGCAGCAGCCCAUCAAAAAACCAGCUCCUCAAGCUGCUCCCGCUCUGGCCCCUGUCCCCGCUGCUGCUCCGACCGCACCCGCUCCAGUGACAAAAGCCCCGGCCGCAGCACCACCCAAGACCGACGACAAGCCAAGACCCGUGCAGCAACCUCAACAAGCAACAUCACAGCCCAAGCCCGAGCUCACUGCCGGUGUUGCUCCGGCAGCAACCGUCUCCAAGCCAGAGUUGCCCAAACCAGCUCCGGCUCAACAGGCAGCGCUUACACAGCCGUCUCAACAGCGGCCGUCACAACCGCCGGCACAGAACCAAGCACCUCAAAAGACAGUCCAGCCAGUUCCCGCUCAGGCAUCCCAGCCCAGACCAGCUGUUCCGGCCCAGGCACCUCCUCAAGCGACAUCGGCUCAGCCUUCCGCUCCACAGUCCAUGAUGGUCCAGCGACAAGGGUCUGGUGGAAGCGAUCCGUCCGACUCGACCCACAGUCUUGCCCAGCCCAUUGCCGCUACCGAUGAUGUUGUGGACGAGUCCUUCAAUGCACCCGACGACGAGCGGAUGCGCAUGGCCCUGCAGCCCAAGAGACGAGAGCGUCCAUCAAGCGCUCGUCCGGCGCCACCAAAGCAGCGAGCGGCCGAUGUGGUCAUGGAAGAGAUUCCGACUAACAUGCCCGCCAUCAUAACCGAAAACGAAACUAACGACGACGAAGAAGAGAACUUUGUCGUCACUAACGCCGUGGCUCAACCCGUGAUUGGUCGGCCUGAUGCAGCCCAGCGCGCAACUGGGGACGACGAGCAACACGGUGGGCUGGUCAAGAAGAUUCUCGAUACCAAACGCGAGUUUGAGCCCACUGAGGGCAAGAAGGACGGUGGCCUCGAUGGCCAGCGCACGGUGAUCAUCAAGGACGACAAGGCUUCGGCGCAGAAAGAGAUCGAGAAGCUGCGAGAGACCAUCCAGACCCUCUGCCAGAGCACCAAUCCUCUCGGCAAAACCAUGGACUACAUGCAAGAAGAUGCCGAUAGCAUGAACAAGGAGCUUCAGAUGUGGCGAGUGGAGAAUCUCAAGUAUCGCGAGUUGCUGGCCGAGGAGCUCAGCAAAACCGCCGGGGUGCUGGAGCCCUUUGAGACUCAGCUGAAGGAGAUGGAGCAAUCGAUCGAGGAGUACGAAGAAAAGAUCCGCAACUCCAAAGUCGUCAUCAUCCAGAACGACCUAGCCAUUCAGAAGCUCCUCCGGUCAAUCACACAUCCGAUCAAGUAGCUUGAUUGCAAACGACAGCGCCAGUCACUCCUGACCGAUCGAUUGAUGCACCAAAAUCGCCGCUGGCACGCUGUAUUUCGGCAGGGGCGAGACGAGGCAGAGCGACCUCGCAUGUGCUGCAAUAUCACACCAGUGCCACAGACAACGACAACGACAACGACAACGACAACGGCAGUGAUGGUGGCUGAUGGGUGCGUGCUGCAGUGCUGUUGCUGACAAGUCGC